AUGGUAGCUACCACCGGCCUGGCGAUACCUACCAAAACCAACGGUAACCUCCCUUCAUCAUCUUCACAUUCAUUCUCCAAAUCACCACCAUCCUAUAUGGAAUACACAUCUUCGGCACCUUUUCCCCCGACGUCGGCCAAACAUGAUGAUAACGAGGAUAUACCUUCACAUCUGUACGAGAAAUUACCGGAUCAUUAUCUGAAGGUAAACGGGAAGGGACAGAAAGUACCGGAUUAUCUCAAGAUGAUCUUGAUGUCUAAAGUAUACUCUGCUCCGCUGAAUUUGAAAGAAACGCCUCUGACAUAUGCUGUCAACCUCUCUGCGAAACUUGGUAAUGAGAUCUGGCUGAAACGUGAAGACCUCCAUCCUGUGUUCUCGUUCAAAAUCAGGGGUGCAUAUAACAUGAUGGCUUCAUUGACCGAGGAGGAGAAGAAGAAAGGUGUAGUGACAUGUAGUGCUGGAAAUCAUGCUCAAGGAGUAGCCUUAUCCGGACAUUCACUCAAUAUCCCGGCAACAGUCGUCAUGCCAGUCUCCACCCCAUCUAUCAAAUGGAGAAACGUCCAGCGUCUAGGAGCUCAAGUAGUCCUUCAUGGAAGGGAUUUUGACGAAGCCAAAGCUGAAUGCAGUAGAUUAGAAAAAGAAGGUGGUCUAACAUUCAUACCUCCCUUCGAUGACCCUUACGUUGUAGCUGGACAGGGAACCAUCGCAAUGGAGAUCUGUCGACAGAUAAGCGAUGCAGAUAAGAUAUCAGGUAUAUUCGGUGCAGUAGGUGGAGGAGGUAUGAUAGCUGGUAUAUCAUCUUAUAUCAAGCGAGUUGCAGCUCCUUCAGUAGCUGUAUACGGAGUAGAAACUGUUGAUGGGGACGCUAUGGAUAGAAGUUUGAAAAAAGGUAAAAGGGUGUUGUUAGAUGAAGUUGGACCUUUUGCGGAUGGUACAGCCGUGAGAAUCGUUGGUGAAGAACCAUUCAGAGUGUGUAAGGAGAACCUAGAUGGGGUGGUAUUGGUGAAUAAUGAUGAGAUCUGUGCGGCGAUAAAAGACGUAUUCGAAGAGACCCGUUCGAUUCCCGAACCCUCUGGAGCUCUUGCCCUAGCAGGUCUCAAAGCCCACAUCUCACGUAAUAACCUUGUAGGAGCCAACAAGCGAUUUGUAUCUGUCGUCUCAGGGGGUAAUAUGAACUUUGGUAGAUUGAGAUUUGUAGCUGAACGAGCGGAGAUCGGUGAGAGGAGAGAAGUGUUGAUCAGUAUAAGAGUGGCUGAGAAACCUGGGUCCUUCCUAAAGUUCCAUUCUCUUCUUGGAGAUCGAGCCGUCACCGAAUUCACCUACCGUUAUUCCUCCCCCUCAACAGGGUAUAUCAUCUGCUCGUUCAUCCUUUCCUGCGCGUCAUCGUCGGCGACUGGACCAACACCCGAAGCGAGACAGAAAGAAAUCAAUGAAUUGUUCGAGAAAUUCAAGCAAGAAGGGAUAGAAGCUACUGAUCUGUCAGAAGAUGAAUUCUCGAAAUCGCAUGUUAGACAUCUGGUAGGUGGGAGAAGUGGGGUAGAAGACGAGAGGUUAUUUAGGUUUGAAUUCCCGGAAAGACCAGGAGCUUUAGGUAAUUUCUUGAAAGGUAUGAAAUCAGAUUGGAAUAUAUCGAUGUUCCAUUAUCGAAAUCAUGGAGCGGAUGUCGGCAAGGUACUUAUCGGUAUACAAGUGCCCAAAAACUCUUAUGACGCGUUUGGUGAAUUCCUGAACGAUCUCGGAUAUGUCUAUGUGGAAGAGACGCAGAAUCCUGCAUACACUUCCCUGUUGAGGACUCAAGCAUAG